GUCGCAGGCACUCGAUGACACCACGCGCGAGUGACGGCAUAUUGAGUGUUCUCGGAAAUAUAGGAAAAUUGAACGACAGAGGUUAUGUGAGGGAAAAAGUGUCCUAGCCGAAUUAUUACGUUCUUGGGGUAACGCCAAUCGCGUCCGGCGAAGGUGUUGGUUUCUCGCGGGAGAAUGAUCGGCGAGAAUUGAAAUAAUCGACGGGGCGCGGAAAGCUAUGUUCGUUAAGUGAUAGUGCGACGGUGUCUACAGUUUUACCAGUCCGUGUAAUAGAGGCUUAAUAAAAGUCACUUUGAAAAGCAGAAAGGGAAUUAUGGAGAGCCGCAACGCUCAUUUGUUUCGCGUCAAUUGCAUGCCGAAACUCCUCGUUUUACUUCUUUCCUCCGUGAUGGUAACGAGCUUACCAAUAAAAGAGGCUGAGUCUGUCGUUGACGUCAUGAAGAAGGACACUAAUUUAUGCGACAGCAUUCAAGUUUUAUAUGAAUCAGAAUAUAUAAGAAGUUGUGCAACGGUGAAGUAUCCCACUCAAAUUUUAAACAUCGCGGAGGACAAUUUGGAUACGUAUAUGUGUUUAGGAGUUUACGAUACGAUGUUCAAGAUUUGCAACUACUCUGAUGUGAAAAUAGAUAGUGUAGCAAUAUUCAAUUCAAAUGUGAAGAAAUUCUUUCCUGGGACUAAGUGGGAAAAAGAGGAGAAAUUCUGCAAGGACAAUUUGCAGGGAUUCACGCCGCAGUAUAAUAAAGUAGAAAAAUACUUGGGACCACUGGCUGAGAAAUUCAACAAUCCUCACACAUGUCAGAGAACAUGCUUCAACUUCAACGAUGUCUUCCGUCCAUUAUGCGCGGUAUUCGCUUGGAUCAAGAGUGUUGAUGAUAAAAUGAAAAAGCCGAUCGUAUCGGUAACGAAUCGUAUUCCUGUGGAACUUGAUUUUCUAAAAGCCCCGGUGGAUCUUCCACCAAGUGACAAGAAACUGGAGACUGAACUGAAAGGGAUUAAAAAGAAAGCAGAAGUAGAAGAACUUAAAGAGCAAUCACAUAACAAAGUAGAGAAUGCGUCUAACAACAAUGUAUCGAAUGAAUAUACGCAACCUAAUACGGAAAGGGUCGAGUCCAAAAUCGAAAAAUCGAAUAAACACGAAACCCCGAAAACGUUAAAUACUACGAAGACACAAGAUCAUAAUCUACGUGACAAAGGCAAAGAGAAUAUUAAUGAUGUUAAAGUUGAAACUAAGCUGAAACUAACAACUGUCGAUGCCCCAAAGAUAGACAUCCCGGACAACGUGCCAAGCAAAAAUGUAAAUAUGAAAGAAGUCGCGAAAGGAGGAAAAGCAGAGGAAACUAAUGGAAAAGCAGAAGCUGAAGACCCAAAGACUAGUACUCUUUCUGAAAAUACACAGAACCAUUAUGGUGACCAGAGUGACGAAGUGGAAGAUCCCGGUGACGAUGCUGAUGGAACGAUUCAGCAGCCGCCAAAUACAGAGAAUCAACAUGAAAAUCUACAGGUACCCAGUGAACAAAAAACACACUAUGCUAAAAGGACUGACGGCGAUUCUCAUUUCUUCACUUAUUUCACCGUGACCACUGUAGCGUGUAUCGCCUGCUACAUAGGCUAUCAUAACAAGCAGAAGAUACUUGCUAUUGUAUUGGAAGGACGAAGAUCAAGAAAUAGUCGCGGCAGACGUCGGCCAAGCACAGCCAGCUACCGGAAGCUGGACUGCACACUCGAAGAAGCUGUUACGUCGCAAUGUAACGCCAACGUUACUCAUGUCAUAUAUUAAUGCGAGUAGAAUAUCACAAGUUUUAUAUAAUGUCUGUAUCAUAGUACUGCAGGUGUAAUAUAUUUUAUAUUUAAGCAUACUUCCAGUAUAUACACAUAUAAUGCUAUCAUUUGAUUUCUUAAGGAUUGUUUCGUGUUUUUGCGAGUCAAACAAUCUUUCAGGAUAUCGAAAUUUAUGAGUGAUACAUGCUGUAACAUGUUACAACAUGUAUAUACAUAGCAUACAUGGUAUAAUGCUUGGUGAUACCAGAAAAUAUACAAUUAUACUUUCAUUUCGUGUGAAGCCGCGCGAAUGAAACGAACCAUUUAUCAUUUAUAAAAUAUGAAAUGUAUCGCCAAUCAAUAGCGCAUCGUCGAAGAGAGAGAUCCGGAGGAAUUUUCUAUCGUAUAAUAUAUCGUACAAAGACGCACGGACAUUUAAAAGCUACAAUUUCCGGAUGAGAGGAUAAAUAUAACGAGAAUUCUCGUUUAAUGUGUGCGACAUUCUCUAAUUCUCAAACAAAUCGUUCCUCCCGGAUUCUAUACAAAGUAUACGCAAUACUAAAGAAUAUCUGUAUUAAUUUUGUUACGUCGUAUUAAGUAUUUUGUAAUUCAUCAAGACUUUUACGUCUUAAUUCCGACUGUGAAGGGAUAUAGUACGACUGUAAACAAAAUCUUUGGUAUAGACUUUAAACAAUCCAUCUAUCAGAAGUUACUAAUUAAUUUAAAAUUAUAUUUUAUGAUUUAAAUUAUGUUUCUGUGUAAUAAAUUAGGACUUACGAUCUUCAUUUAGUCGCUAUGCUUAAGUUUGCAAAUUUUAAACUGCCUUUUGUAUACUUUAUUUAUUUUGUUAACUGAACAGUCCAUCUCUAGUGAACAUAAGUUCAAGAAAUUUCACAAUGGAUUUCUCUGGUCGGGCGACCUAAGACCGUAUCAAUGCGACUUCGGUUAUCCUGUAACAACGCGAAUAGAAAUUCGAGAAGAUAUGAUCUGGAUAAGGAUAUGAUUACGCGUACGAAAACAACACAAGAGGUGGCGGAAAGGCUUUAUCACUUCAGUAGAGUCUAUCUGAAAUAGUUUACCGUAAAAUUAUGCGAACUUUACAUUCUACCCAUAUUUUUCUUUUAGUUUAAAAUUUAUACGUUAAAUGUCAAAAUGUAUUAGAUAUUCUUUUUGUGAGCGUCGAAUUGUCGAAUGCAAUUGUGUUAUUGUAAAAAAAUACUUAAGCCAUCAUGCGUUAAAAAAACGGGGUUAUCUCAUAAUAGAUAAAGCUAAAAUAGAUUUUAUAAUCAUAUAUUCCGUAGAGAAAACAAAAUCGGAUCAUAUGUUUAAUAUACGAUCGCGACGAAUCCGGAUAAGUUAUUUUCGUUUUCGUUGUUGCUUCGGAAAUUAAUAUCUUUUAUAGAAUUAUUAGAAUUAUUAUUUUACGAGCUGUGCAAGUACUAUGUGUACAGUAUAUGUGAUGUAUUUUAUAGUAUAUGCGUAUAUUUAAUAGUAGAAAAUUGUUUCUGCGAUCGCACUCGAUUUUGCAGCACUCGCUAGAUGUAUUGUCACCUUGAUUUUUCUAUUUUUGUCCUAAUAAAUAAAUUUUUUUUUCUCUCGAUUUAGUUGGUAAUAGUUAUGUGUGGUAAAGAAUAAAAUUAAAUUCGCUUUAAUUUUCUUAAUUAAUUUUCUUAACUUAUUGCCAUUUUAUGCUACGGAAAGGAUUGUUACAUUCUUUUAAAUGCGUAUUGAAAUUUAUCGGGUAAAAAUGGUAUAUCUUUAUUCGAAUGUUCACAUGAACGAUCAUUCAGUUUAAUUUAAUAACUUAUUCGUCAAGACAUAUUUCUCACUUAACACCGCAUUAGUUUCCCAACGUAAAACCGUCCAGUUGUAUCCAGUUAAAAUUCAUGGCUAACCUUGUAAGUCUUUACAUACAAUUUAUAAUGAAUUUAAUAUCUGAUGAAACGGAAUAUAAACCUACGUUUACGUAAACCCCAGAAACAUAGUAAUUCGAAAACAGUUCGACUUAGUAUGAAAGGAAUACUUUGCUGCUGAAGCUGUUGUUUAUUAAUUAAUGUAUAAACGUCGAAAAAAUUUCUGUGAAUUACUUGUACAUUUUUAUUAAUAAAUGCUAAA